AAAAAAAUUCCGCAAAGGAGAACGUGUUUUUAAAAACAAAUAUGGUGGAUGCAGCCACGAAAAAAACAGUCGCUGCUAUUCCACAGCUUAAAACGAAGGCUGGACCUCGUGAUGGAGAUCAGUGGGUUGCAAGACUAAAGGAGGAAUAUCAAUCACUGAUAAAGUAUGUAAGCACAAACAAGGAACAAGAUAAUGAUUGGUUUAGACUGGAAUCUAAUAAAGAAGGGACAAGAUGGUGGGGAAAGUGCUGGCAUAUGCACAACUUGAUGAAAUAUGAGUUUGAUCUUGAGUUUGAUAUCCCUGUGACGUAUCCAAGCACGGCUCCAGAAAUUGCUAUACCAGAAUUAGAUGGAAAGACAGCGAAAAUGUACAGAGGAGGAAAGAUUUGUUUAACGGAUCAUUUUAAACCGUUAUGGGCAAGAAAUGUGCCAAAAUUUGGUAUUGCACAUGCGAUGGCAUUAGGGCUUGGACCGUGGAUGGCUGUUGAAAUACCGGAUCUUAUUGAGAAAGGUCUUAUUUUACACAAAGAUGAAAAAGCUGAGAAAUCUUGAAUAUUGUACACGCGAUAAAUAUUUAUUGAGAAUGCAGAAAACAUAAAAAAAUCAA